GAAAAACACAAAGGGGAAACCAUCUACAUAACGAGGAGACCAACAUGUCAUCACCAACCCAGACGGCCACGAAUCAAUCGAAGGGAAAGAUGAAAUCAGAGCAAGAGGGAGCCGACAACGACAAGAACCAACCCCCACCGGUGUGCAUUAUCUGUAUCGGGAUGGCUGGGAGUGGGAAGACGACGUUCGUACAAAGGUUGAAUUCGUACCUUCACUCGAUCAAAAAACCUCCAUAUAUCUUGAACCUCGAUCCAGCCGUGAGUAGCUUGCCAUUCCAGCCGAAUAUCGAUAUCCGGGAUACGGUGAAUUAUAAACAGGUCAUGAAACAGUACAACCUUGGUCCGAACGGUGGGAUCUUGACUUCGUUGAAUCUGUUUACGACCAAGUUUGAUCAAGUCUUGAGUUAUGUCGAAAAGCGAUCAUCAUCGACCGAUUUUGUUCUGAUCGAUACACCUGGUCAAAUCGAAAUCUUUACCUGGUCUGCCUCAGGUGCUAUCAUCACCGAUGCGAUCGCCUCAUCCCUACCAACGGUGGUGGCUUAUAUCAUUGAUACCCCCAGGACGACUGCCCCUGCGACGUUUAUGAGUAAUAUGUUAUAUGCCUGCUCAAUUCUGUACAAGACCAGGCUUCCGUUCCUUUUGGUGUUUAAUAAGACCGACGUCCAAGCUCACGAUUUCGCAUUAGAGUGGAUGGAGGAUUUUGAAAGUUUCCAACAGGCUCUUGUUGCUCAAAACCAAUCGAAUGAGAGUGAGGGUGGGAGUGGUUAUAUGAGUAGUUUGAUGAAUAGUAUGAGUCUUGUGCUCGAUGAGUUUUAUAAGAACCUCCGAGCCGUUGGAUGUUCUGCUAUGACUGGCUUUGGCAUGAAGGAGUUUUUUGAAGCGGUUGAUGAAGCAAGACAGGAAUAUGAAAAUGAUUAUCGACCUGAACUAGUUCGACGACAGGAGGAGAGGGAACGGUUGAAGGAGGAGAAGAAGAAUGAAAGUCUGGAGAAGUUGGUUAAAGAUCUAAAGCUGUCUUCUGACUCUUCUGCUAUGGCGGCUUCCAAAGCUAAGAAAAACACCGAAGCCAAGGAUCCUACCGAGCUCCGAGCUGACGAGUUGAGUGAAUGGGAAGAAGCAGAUGGACGUACUCUUGAUAAGCAGGAUGUUAGUGAGGCUGCCAUGCCUGAGCCUACUAAGCGGCUUGAUAGUAUGGGUCUUGAGUCUGAUGGUGGAGGUGGUCAGUGGCCUGCACCACGAUGAAGUCCAUCUUGACUCUGCUCCUGUUGAAAUUGUUGUUGUUGUUUUUUUUUUUUUUUGUUUUUUUUUUUGAAAUGCACUCUUUAUAAUUUUGUGCUUUCAACUGCUUGAAGUUAGCAC